UUAAUAUUACAUCUACACUUCUAGCUCGUCGGAUAGCACACCACGCGACUACUACUACUACUACUACGGCGGUGUUAAACCUGUCUCUGACAUCAGUUUUGACGAUGGAGAAGCGGAUUCACUUAGUCAAUGUGCAAUUUUUCACAAGUUUACACUCGUUUUCGCGCUCGUAUAUCGAUAGUUAGAUAGGUACCCUAAAGACUUCUAAGUACCUAAAGUCACCUCAUAGACACCUCCAUACAUACUGAAUAUUGGUUAGAUCAUCUCGUACAGUGCUCGAUAUGCAGCAACAUAGUGUCGAUCGUUAUUUAAAUUUUGUUUAUUUGCGCGAAAAAAAAUAGUCGUUUUUCAUUCGUGUAUUGAAAAUUUAUACACAUUUGCAUCUUCUACUAAGUAUCUAGUAUACGAUCGUACCUACGUAUGGUAUGGUAAUGACCAACGAAGAUGAUCCAGCCGCCGAGCAUUCGCGACCGUCAAUACGGAUCUGUAAGAUAGAAAAAAAUCGAACCGGAUCUUACGGAUUUCAUUUAACCCGCACGAAAUGGGAUCCGUACCCGUGGAUCGCCGGAGUCGACGACGGAUCCAUAGCUCAAGCAUGUGGACUCAAAGUAGGAGACUGUAUUCUAGAAGUAAACGGCGAAGACGUAAUCGGUCUACGAGUCGGCGAAAUUGCCAAUAAAGCGUUAUCCGCAUUCGAGCAUAUUACCAUGUUGCUAUGGAAUGCUGGAAGUGAUGCCAAUUGUGACACAGAAUCAUUAUGCUGCACUCCAAUGCCAACCAGCUUAUCGAGACUAUCAUCCUGCCUGAGCUCAGUUCUAUCCUUCUUGGAAUGUCCGGUAUGUUUCGAGAUAAUCUCACCUCCAGCCCACCAAUGCCCAAUGGGUCAUUUAAUCUGCUCCCGAUGUCGAGAAGAAAUCGAACGAUGUCCAGUCUGCCGAACGAAUUUCACUCGCGAACGAAGCCUUCUCGCCGAUCAAAUUUACACCGCCGUUAUCGAAGCAUUUCACCUGAAAAAUCAAACGAUCGAAGAACGAACAAAAAAACUCUGGGAGCGUAUAUUUGGUAAAAAGAAACGAGACAAGAAUCAAAGCAGAGUACCAACGCCGAAGGCGAGCAAAUUCGAAAUAAAGAAUAAAUUUCUCACCAGACUGAUUGGAAAAUCGUCUUCUGUCGAUAACCUAACCACCGAAGGAUCUUCUUUCUCGCCGACGUUGAGGAAGAAAUCCAUUUCGUCUUGUGAUAUUUCCCAAGCUAGAGCAUUCAAUCAUUUUAAUAACUGUUCUUACUCGUGUUCGACAGAAUCGCUGCCGAAUCGAAAAUCAUUUUAUAACGCCGAUCUAAACGUAGAAAACUUAUUUCAAUUUUCUACCGAUAUUUCGAUGAGCGAUAGUAACGCGAAUGAUGCUUUAUAUCAUUGUCCUAUUUCAAACAAUUGUUCGCCUAUGUCUUAUUACUCGUUAUUGACCCAUCUCCAGCAACAUCCUGGUCCGAUGAUACAGUUUUUCCGGUCGAAUUUCGCCAUUCAUUUUCCUUUCUCGUUCGAUGACGAUGCUGUGUUCGUGAUAAACGCUUUCGAUAGAGCUUUUUUUGCUAAAAUAUCAUCGCAAAAUGACGAUAUUAAAGUGUAUAUAUGGCUUAUAGGCCGAAAAGAACUCACCGAACAAUUUCGAGCGGUGGCCAGUCUUCAUGGAGACGGUGAUAGCUCUCAAACUGAACUUUCUUUUAUAACGUUUAUUAAUUCGAUUAUUUAUGAACAGUCGAGGAAUAUUUUCGCGAAUCAGAUUUUAAUUACUCGUGACACGGUAUUAAAUUAUUUCCCGGAUAAGCUUUUUACGCUAGAAUUAUCGGUUGUGAAAAAAUAAAUCACAUUGUGCAUUCAGGACGGCUUGGCUCCAAACUUUCUUCAGUCACAGAUUCGUAAUCGAAGAAAGUACCUAAAGCUAAAAAAUUGCAAUAAGGUGGGAAUUAAUCAUCUCUGAUUGUAUGUAUAGCUUAUGAAAUGAAUGAUUGUCGAAUAAUGAAAUAGGCUUGAUAAUUGAAUAACGUGCCCAAUAUUUGAAUACCUAUUAGUAUGCAUUAAGUAACUAGGUAAAUAUAAAAGUUUGUUCAAAAAAGAGAAAAGUUAAUUAUCUAGGGUAUUGUUUAAAUUUUGUAGUCGAUUUAUUGAUUAAUUUUUAAUAAAACUGUUUACCUACAUGAAAA